AACAUUGAACAAAGACUUUCCAACAUAAAAUGUGAAUUUUUAAACACGACCUUCAUUUUGUCUACAAUUAAAACUUCUGUGAGCGAAGGUGUCACUCAUAAUUAUCACCUACAAUGAGAAUUGUGGUUUUCUCAGCAUUUAUGGUGAUGCCAUUCUAUUGGUUGUGCCUCUUUAACCACGUCUUUGUGGUUUCAGGUCUUUGUCUUGAUGAUCAGAGGUCUUUGCUGCUCCAACUCAAGAACAACAUCACAUUACCCUGGGCAUAUAGAAGUAGCAGCAGGCUGAAGUCGUGGAAUGCAAGUGAUGAUUGUUGCAGGUGGAUGGGAGUAACCUGCGACACCGAGGGUCAUGUUACUGCUCUCGACCUCAGUGGAGAAUCAAUCUCCGGUGGAUUUGAUGAUUCAAGUGUUAUUUUCAGUCUUCAACAUCUCCAGGAAUUGAAUUUGGCUUCUAAUAAUUUCAAUUCUAUCAUCCCAUCUGGAUUUAACAAGUUGGACAAGUUGACUUAUCUGAAUUUGUCAUAUGCGGGCUUUGUGGGGCAGAUUCCAAUAGAGAUUUCUCAGCUGACAAGGUUGGUUACUCUUGAUAUUUCUUGUCUUUCCUACUUAACUGGGCAAGAGCUGAAACUAGAGAACCCAAAUCUACAAAAGCUUGUCCAAAAUCUCACCAGUAUUAGGCAACUGUAUCUGGAUGGAGUAAGUAUAAAAGUUCCAGGACAUGAAUGGUGCAGUGCCUUCUUGUUGCUGCGUGACCUGCAAGAACUUAGCAUGUCACAUUGCAAUCUCUCAGGACCUUUGGAUCCUUCCCUGGCAACUCUUAAGAAUUUAUCAGUCAUUGUUCUUGAUCAAAACAAUUUAUCAUCCCCCGUGCCAGACACAUUUUCCCAUUUGAAAAAUCUGACCAUCUUAAGUCUUGUUUAUUGUGGGUUGCAUGGAACAUUUCCACAGGGGAUAUUCAGCAUUGGAUCAUUGUCAGUCAUUGACAUAUCGUUCAACUAUAAUCUCCAAGGUGUCUUUCCAGACUUCCCACGGAAUUCAUCUCUUCAGAUUUUAAGAGUAAGUAACACAAGCUUCUCUGGAGCAUUUCCAAACUCUAUUGGUAACAUGAGGAACUUAUUUGAAUUGGAUUUUUCCUAUUGUCAAUUUAAUGGAACACUUCCCAAUUCACUGUCAAACCUCACAGAACUCAGUUACCUGGACUUGUCAUUUAACAACUUCACAGGUCAAAUGCCAUCACUUGGUAGGGCAAAAAAUCUCACGCACUUAGACCUUUCUCAUAAUGGUUUGAGUGGUGCAAUUCCAUCAUCUCACUUUGAAGGACUGGAUAAUCUUGUCAGCAUUGGCUUGGGUUAUAACUCAAUCAAUGGGAGCAUUCCUUCAUCUCUUUUUACACUCACACGGCUGCAAAGGAUUCUGCUUUCCCACAAUCAGUUUGGUCAACUAGAUGAAGUCACAAAUGUGUCUUCUUCUAAAUUAAACACCCUCGAUUUAAGUAGCAAUCGUCUUUCAGGGUCAUUUCCAACAUUUAUAUUACAGCUUGAAGCACUCUCUAUCCUCCAACUUUCUUCAAACAAGUUCAAUGGAUCAAUGCAUCUAGAUAACAUUUUGGUUCUCAGAAAUUUAACUACACUAGACCUUUCAUACAACAACUUAUCAGUCAAAGUGAAUGUUACAAAUGUUAGCUCAUCUUCCUUUCCCAGCAUUAUCAAUCUAAUAUUGGCAUCCUGCAACUUGAAAACUUUCCCUGGUUUCUUGAGAAAUCAGUCCAGAUUAGCCACUCUAGAUCUCUCAGAUAACCAUAUCCAAGGGACAGUGCCCAACUGGAUUUGGAAACUACAGAUUCUUGAAAGCCUUAAUAUUUCUCAUAAUUUGUUGACUCAUUUCGAAGGACCUUUCCAGAAUCUUUCUUCCCAUUUGUUGUACCUUGACCUUCAUCAGAAUAAACUUCCGGGGCCAGUACCUGUUUUUCCUAGAAAUAUGUUGUAUUUCGAUCUUUCAAGCAACAAGUUUAGCUCUAUUAUCCCACGUGACUUUGGUAAUUACAUGUCUUUCACAUUUUUUCUCUCUCUCUCAAACAAUACUUUGAGUGGCAGUAUCCCUGAUUCCCUCUGCAAUGCUUUAUAUCUUAAAGUGCUUGACCUUUCCAAUAAUAACAUUUCUGGAACAAUUCCCUCAUGCUUAAUGAUGACGAGUGGCACUCUUGAGGUAUUAAAUCUGAAGAACAACAAUCUCUCAAGCCCUAUUCCUAAUACAGUCACAGUUUCUUGUGGUUUGUGGACUUUAAAUCUUCAUGGAAAUCAAUUAGAUGGGCCAAUUCCAAAGUCUCUUACUUAUUGCUCAAAGUUAGAGGUAUUGGACCUUGGAUCAAAUCAAAUCACAGGAGGCUUUCCAUGCUUCUUAAAAGAAAUACCCAGGCUUCGUGUCUUGGUUUUGAGGAACAACAAAUUUCAAGGUUCCCCAAAAUGUUUGAAAGUCAAUAUGACUUGGGAGAUGCUUCAAAUUGUAGACAUUGCUUUUAACAAUUUUAGUGGCAAACUGCCAAGAGAAUAUUUUACAACCUGGAAAAGAAAUAUAAAGGGUAACAAAGAGGAAGCUGGGUUAAAGUUCAUAGAGAAACAAAUUACAUCCUUUGGAAGUGGUUUAUAUUAUCGAGAUAGUAUCACAGUUAUCAGUAAAGGUCAAAAAAUGGAGUUGGUUAAAAUUUUGACAAUUUUCACAUCCAUUGAUUUCUCGUCUAACCAUUUUGAUGGACCUAUACCAGAGGAGUUAAUGGAUUGGAAAGAACUCCAUGUCCUUAAUUUGUCAAACAAUGCUUUGUCUGGUAAAAUCCCAUCAUCCAUAGGUAACAUGAGACAACUAGAGUCCUUGGACCUUUCACAAAACUCUCUGAGUGGAGAAAUUCCAGUGCAGCUUGCAAGUUUGUCAUUCCUUUCAUAUUUAAAUCUCUCCUUCAAUCAUUUGAUGGGGAAGAUCCCAACAAGUACCCAACUUCAAUCAUUUCCAGCUUCUUCUUUUGAAGGCAAUGAUGGACUAGACGGUCCUCCAUUGACUAAAAAUCCAGAUCAUAAAGAGCAAGAGGUGCUGCCACAACAAGAAUGUGGAAGGUUAGCGUGUACUAUUGAUUGGAAUUUUAUUAGUGUUGAAUUGGGAUUGAUUUUCGGCCACGGAGUUAUUUUUGGUCCACUCUUAAUUUGGAAGCAAUGGAGGCUAUGGUAUUGGCAGCUUGUGCACAAAAUUCUUUGUCAGAUCUUCCCUCAGGUGUAUCUUGAAUAUGUAACUUGGAGAGGACACACAUACGAAGCUUUAAGGUGGAUGCAUUAGUGAUUUAUAU